AUGUCGUACCGCAUCUCCGCUCCCGACGAGUACCUCGCCGUCACCGGCAUGGGCGUGCGUACCGUCAAAAUCACAAAGGCAGCAUGGGUCUGGCCCUUCCAGCGGUGCACCCGCUUCUCCGUGCAGCCUCACGACUAUGCCAUGGACCUCCAGGCCAUGACCAAGGAGAAGCUGCAGUUUUCCCUGCCUGUCGUCUUCACUGUCGGCCCGGACGUCAACGCCCGCGGCGCCAACGCCGGUCUCUCCGUCGCCGAGGCGGGGCCGGAUGACGACCCCCGUGGCGGCCACCGCGAGGACCGCGGCGACGCCCUCAUGAAGUACGCCAUGCUGCUGGCCCAGUCCGACUCUUCCUCCAACGUCAAGACGGACCAGCGGACCCACGUCGCCAACAUCGUCAAGGGCAUCAUCGAGGGCGAGACCCGCGUCCUCGUCUCCAGCAUGACCAUGGAGGAGAUCUUCACCGAGCGCGAGGUCUUCAAGCGCCGCAUCUUCCGCAACAUCCAGUCCGAGCUCGACCAGUUCGGCCUCAAGAUCUACAACGCCAACGUCAAGGAGCUCAAGGACGCCCCCAACUCGGUCUACUUCGAGUCGCUGUCCCGCAAGGCUCACGAGGGUGCCACCAACCAGGCCCGUAUUGACGUCGCUGAGGCCCAGCUGAAGGGUAAUGUCGGUGAGGCUCAGCGCAAGGGUGAGCAGGACCGCGAGAUUGCCAAGAUCAAUGCCGAAACGGCCGUCCAGAAGACGGAGCGCGACAUUGAGCGCUCUCAGGCUGAGGCCCGCCUCAACACCAAGCAGACGCACCUGACGCGAGAUGUCGAUAUUGCCCGGGUUGAGGCCCAGCGCGCCCUCGAGUCCAAGGACGAGGACCUCAAGAAGGAAGUUGAGAUCCGCCGCGCCGCUGCCGAGAUGGAGCGUCUCCGUGCUCGCGAUGUCGUCAAGGCCACCAUUGCGAGGGAGAGCAAGCAGCAGGCUGCCGACGCCUCGGCCUAUGAGGUGGCCGCCGACGCCCGUGCCCGCCAGGAGGCGACGCAGCGCCACGCUGACGGUAGUGCCUACACGGUGCGCGUCGACGCCGAGGCGACCAACUAUGCCACGCAGCAGGCAGCCGAGGCCGCCGUCAUCCGCCAGCUCAAGGAGGCCGAGGGUAUCAGCGCCAUGGCCGAGGCCUACGGGAAGAUGUCGACGGCGUUUGGCGGACCUGCCGGCCUUCUCCAGUACAUGAUGAUUGAGAAGGGCACGUACGUCGAGCUGGCCAAGGCCAACGCCGAGGCUGUCCGCGGCAUGGCCCCCAAGAUUUCCGUCUGGAACACGGGCAGCGGCAACGGCGGCGCCUCCAACGACCCCGCCGAGGCGAUGCGCAACGUCUACCAGAUGCUGCCGCCUCUGAUGACCACAAUCAACGAGCAGACGGGCAUCACACUGCCCGAGUGGCAGUUUGGCCGGCUCAACGCCCAGAUGGAGGCCAUGAACAAGGGCAAGGUCAACGGCGACCAGUAA